AUGCUGAACUACAGCCUGAGCAACAUCUGCGGGUGCGUGUACACCGGGGGGAAGAUCCGCUUCAGCGGGGAUGGCAACUCCCUCUUCGUGCCAGUGAACAACCGAAUCAAUGUCUACGACCUGAACGAUAAUAAGUGCAGCACGCUAAGGUCGGAGGGGAGAAAUGACUUGAGGCACAUUGUAAUUCAUCCCAGCAUGGAAAUCGCCAUAACGAUAGAUAAGUUCGCAUACGGGUGUGUUUUAAAUUUGCUAAGGGACCAGAUCAUUUGUAGAAUCCUUUUCAAGUCCAAGACGGGCAUUGUAACUUCUUUUAAUUAUGGGAACAUGCUGUCUCCUCAAGAGGAACAGGAUUGUGUAAACUGCGCGUUGUUCACUCACAGGGGGGAGUACUUCCUGCUUGGCAUCGGGAGGAGAGUAGUCAUAUGGAAGAGUCCCAGUAGGAAGAAUAACUACCGGUUGGUUAAGUACAACGACAUCUGCUACCACUCGCUGAAUGUCACUUGGAUUGACGUGUCCGAGGACGACCGCUUCUUUUUGACUUGCUCGUAUGACCUAACCAUUCGGAUUCACACCGUGGAGAGGAGGCGGAAGGUGAGGCCCACUGUGCUGGGCGGCAACAAGAGCACCAUCGUGGCGGCGUUCUUCGCCCGGGGCGGGGACUUCAUCUUCAGUGUGAACAAGUCGGGCCUCAUUCUGGUCUGGUCCUACGGGGAGGCGGCGAGGGAAGCAAGGGAAGCGGCGAGCGAAGCGGGGGAAGCAGUUGACGCGGUGAACGUGGAUGACGCGGUUGACGUGGCCGACUUGGCCGACGUGACUGCCCCCCCCGCUACGCUCUCUAAGGCGUUUACACGGAGGUGGCGGCAGAAGACGGUCUACUUCUGCAACCAGGAGAAGCACGAGGAGGUGACGAGCGCGUGCUUCAACCGGGAGCACUGCCUAGCGGUGAUCGCGUACUCGAGCGGGCGCUUCGGGAUCUACAGCGCGCCCGAGAUGACCUCCCUGUACACGAUCAGCAUAAACGCGUGCACCAUAGACGACAUAGCGAUUAGCGGCGAUGGGCAGUGGAUAGCCCUGGCGGAGGCCAACAACGGCACGGUGAUCGUGUGGGAGUGGAAGAGCGAAAGUUACAUUAUGAAGCAGAGUACCACCAGCAGGAACGUCAAGUGUGUGAGGUUUUCCCCCAUCAUUAGUCACCUGAAGAUAGGCAGCCACGUAGCAGAGAGCGCCAGUGCCUACCACGAGAGUGAGAAUUUUACCAGCAAAUUUGUCAUCGUCACGGGGAGCGAAGAUGGCACUCUCCGUCUGUACGACUACGUCAGCUACAUUAACUUCGUGACGUUUUCCGUGCACCAAGAUGCGGUGACGGAUGUGUGUUUCCUCCCCCAGGGGAACGCCUUCCUGUCGUGCUCGCUGGACGGCACGGUGCGGGCCUUCGACCUGCUCAGGUACCGCAACUUCAAGGUGUACGCGGCGGGGGAGCUCGACGAGGGGGAAAUUGGCGGCGGGAGAGGCAGUCGCGCCGCCAACUCCGCUAACGCUGCCCCUCCCGCCGCUAAGCUGCAGGUGCAGUUCCUCUGCGUGAGCGUGAACCUGAGCGGGAACAUCGUCGCGGCGGGGGGGAGAGGCGCCGAGUACGUCGUGUACAUUUGGAACGUGCAAACGGCUAAAUGCAUUGACAAGCUGUACGGGCACGACUCCCCAAUCAUCAGGGUCUGCUUCAGCACCAGUCUGAAGAACGAAGGCGUAAUAGCUAGCUGCUCGUGGAGCAAGAAGGUGCUUCUGUGGGACCUGUACGCUCGAAGGAACAAGGGGAGCAAAUUCGACGAGAUGGUCAAUUCGCACGACGUGUCCUACAUGUGCUUCGACCCCAGGGGAAACGACAUAUUAGCCAUUUGCACGAUGAGUUGCAAGAUCCUCUUCUGGGAUGUGCAGGCGCAGGAAAUUGUGGGCACCGUGGAAGGAGCGAGGGAUAUUAAAAGGGGGCAGUUCAUCGGGCAGCAGUAUUCGUCCAUCCCCAGAAUGAAAAAGAGGAAGAACGUAUCGAAUGGAAGUCACAGCGGAAAUGCAAAAGGUGAUGACUCUGUUUAUGAAGAUGAGUUGGAAGAUGAGGGGAUAAACUCGGUGGUGAAUCAAAGCUGCUACUUCACCGCUCUGGAUUAUGUGCAAAAUGGCAAUUACAUAAUUGGGUGCGCCAAUUGCAGCGUCUCUUUAUAUAUUUACGAUACUAAUCUGUACGUCCUGGUGAAGAUGUUAGAUGUGACUUCUAACUUUUGCGUGGAUGGGAUCAGGAGGGAGCUCUCCAGGAGGUACCUAACUGCGCAGGGCACCAACAUAUGCCAACUGGACCUCAGUGAUGAGGAGGGGGAUAUCCUUACAGAUAAGUACCGAGUGGCUAAUCGGAAGAGAAGGAACGAAAUGCUGCCUGGAAGUUUGGAGGAGCACCACGUGGUUAGCAAGUUUAAGAAGAGCAAACUUACGUUGCAUGCGGUGAGCAUCUCCGGAGAUGAUAGGCACGUGGCCGUGGCGUGUAGUGGGGGCCUCUACGUUUUUACGAAGGAUCACCAGUUUCAGUACGCCCUUCCGGUGCGAUUGGGCGUAAAGGGAAAGGGAAGUGGAGCAGACGCCACUUCCCUGGGGGGAGUUACCUACCGAGGAUUGGUGGCUCCCCUGCUGUACGAACCGCAGUACCUUACGGAGCACGUAAAUGUCCCUAACUUGCGGAUGGCCGUGAGGAGGAACGAAUACGUAAAGGCCUUCCUCCUGUGUCUGGCCCUAAACAGCUACGAGCACAUGGUGGAGGUGUAUGAGAGGACCCCCUACCACGUGGUACCCCUCUGCGUUAAGAUCCUUACGAAGCCGUUUGUCUUUUUGCUCAUCAACUUCAUUAAGGUGCUGCUUUUAAACGAUACGCUGAAGCAUAUCCACCUGCACCUCUGCUAUUUGAAUGCCAUCUUUACAAGUCACUUUAGCGUUUUCGUGAAUGCCGACUUGGGGGGGCACUCCUCCGGGGUGGGAAGCACCCGGGAGGAGCGGCAGCAACGGCAACAGCAACAGCAGCAGCAGCAGAAACCGCAGAGGGCGGCCGAGGACCACCGGAACGCGCUGCUGCUCAUCCUGAAGCAGCUGCUCACGGUUUACAGCGGCCUGCAGCACCUCUACGGCGACAACGCCCACGUGCUGCGCUACCUCUCGGCGCGGCGGUCAUAG